CAACCCAGCGAGACUGUUAAAUUCGCGAGUGUUCUGUCUCUGUUUCGUUGUUAUACAAAAAAUAGAAAUAAAAGGAAGAAAGAUUCCAUUCAAAACGCAAAUGGAAGCGAACCAAGAAGCAGGGAGAGCCCAAUGGAAAUUAUUUAAAUUUUCACAAAAAUAACAACGAGAAUCGAAAAGGAUUUUUUUUGUUUUUUUUUUUUGCUGUGCAAAAACAUAAACGUAUACCGUACGUCCCCGUGUGUGUGUGUGUAUGUGUGUUUGUAUGUUCUGCUGACUGACGCCUAUUUUUUUUCACAAAAAAAAAAGAAAACAAACAAAAAGAAAAUAGAAAAUUUUCCUUUGCUUUAUGUCUUAAGCCUGCACAGUGUGGCAAAUUUUCAAUACACUUUCAGAGCUAAAACAAAGAAAAAUAAAAACAGCGAGUCCUCGCUCGUGAAGUGCAACAAUUGCCGUUAUUCUCAGAAGGAGAAAGAGAAGGAGUGACAGAAAGAAGCAUUUUUUAACAAUACAAAGGCAAAACCCAAGCAAAAUGUCAACUACACCCAAUUCAAAUAGUAGUAGCAACAAUAGCAAUAGCAAUCAGAGCCAGCAGCAGCAACAACAACAACAACAGCAGGACACAUACAGCGACAGUAGCGAAGAUAAUCUCGAUUUACCCAGAGAGGAGCGUAGACGGCGUAUCCUAAAAAGUCGCUGUCGCAUGAACAAUUCGGCAGGAGGUGGGAGUAGCGGUGCUGGCGGAGGACCAGGAGGCGGCGGUAAUAGCAGCAGUGGAGGAGGCGCUGUACCCAAACAUGAUGUUGGCAAAUCGUAUAUGUCGGGUAGCGGUGGUGGUGCUGGUGGUGGUGGUGCAUCAUUAGCUAGUACUAGCAGUCAAGCGGCAGCCGCGGCGGCGGCGGCUUCUCGAUUAAUUGGCCCGCCAGAUCGUAUAUCGAUGCUGGUGGAUGGUGUCCGUUUUACGGUGGAACAAGCCCUGCUGGCUGCCCAUCCCACCACCAUGUUGGGCACAAUGUUUGGCACCGGCUUCCAGUUUGUUCAUCCCAAUGAGCGAGGCGAUUACGAUGUGGCCGAUGGGAUAUCACAUUUGGUAUUUCGGGCCAUAUUGGAGUACUAUAAAACGGGUAUAAUACGCUGCCCACCCACUGUGUCGGUGCCGGAACUGAAAGAAGCGUGCGAUUAUCUGCUGAUACCCUUUGAUGCCACCACCGUACGAUGUCAGAAUCUAAGAGGCCUGCUUCAUGAGCUAAGCAAUGAGGGAGCCCGUCAACAAUUCGAACUAUUCCUGGAGGAUCUAAUCCUGCCGUUAAUGGUAGCAUCCGCCCAACGUGGUGAUCGCGAAUGUCAUGUUGUUGUACUCCUUGAAGACGAUAUGGUUGACUGGGAUGAGGAAUUUCCCCCACAAAUGGGCGAGGAAUACUGUCAGACUGUUCAUAGCACUGCCAUGCAUCGGUUCUUUAAAUAUAUCGAAAAUCGCGAUGUGGCCAAACAAGUGAUGAAGGAUCGUGGACUUAAGAAGAUACGUUGCGGCAUCGAAGGCUAUCCCACGCACAAAGAGAAGAUCCGUCGUCGUCCCGGCGGCAGGGCCGAAGUGAUCUAUAGCUAUGUCCAGCGUCCAUUUAUACACAUGUCCUGGGAGAAGGAGGAGGCUAAGAGUCGUCAUGUUGAUUUCCAGUGUGUCAAAUCGAAAUCAGUUACAAAUCUCGCCGAGGCAAAUGCUGAUCCGCCCUUGGAAUUGGAUGCCAGUGGCAAUCCCAUACCAAUACUUAUAGCCAUGCCAAUUAAUCCCCAUGCGAUUAAUGCAGACGGCGGUGUCGGAGUGGGAGGCGGCGGCGGUGGCCAACCAGUUGCAAUUGCCGCUGCUGCUGCCGCUGCUGCAGCUGGUGUGGUGGCUGUCGAUGAGGCAGCCGGUGGCAUUGUGAUGCUCAAUCAAUUGGAACAGGCAGCGGCAGGUGCCGAGCAGCUGUAGAUCGGCGCAAAUGGAUCACUCGAAGAGACUUUGAACACACACAGACACACACAAGAAACGAUAGACACACACUGCCAGAAAGGAAUGCCACGAAUAUUGAAACGUAAUGCGCACAGCACUCAAGAGUCGCACAGGACGAUAUGCUUUCUACAGUUUUUUUUUCUACAGUUUAUAUAUAUUAUAUAUACACCAUAUAUACAUAUACAUACAUCUAAAGCACAUACAUUUAUGCAAUAAAUAUACGAAGAAAAAACAAAAAAAAAACGAUUCGAAAUACGAUUUCGAUUCGAAUCCAUACAAACAACAAUUUA